AUGUCAAUUUCUAAUAAAGCGGUUAAACGUAAAUAUGAAGAAGAAAAACGGGAAUUUAAAUUAGAAUGGGAAGAACUAUACUUUUUCAUACAGAAAAACGAUAAACCAUUUUGUCUCAUAUGUCAAGUUACAUUAUCACAGUUUAAGGUUAGUAAUUUAAAACGGCAUUACGAAACCAAUCACAGCACAUUUAGUCGAGAAUUUCCUAUUGGUUCUGAUUCGAGGAAAAAUAAGCUAUGUUCGAUGAAAUUAAAAUUUUCUAAACAAACUAAUGUUAUGACAAUGUUUACGAACGAGGCAGAUGACUGUGUAGAAGCAAGUUUUGUAAUUGCCUUUAAUAUUGCUCAAGCAAAAGUAUCACGACAUACAAUAGAAAGGCGUAUUUCAACAAUUAGCUUUGAUAUUUUCACCAAUUUAAAAAACAACAUUGCUAAUUGUUUAUCUCUUAGUCUAGCUUUAGAUGAAUCUACCGAUAUCCAAGAUAAACCUCAGUUAGCCAUAUUUGUUCGUUAUGUUACGAGUGAUGUAGAUGUGAAAGAAGAGUUGUUAGAUCUAAUUUCAUUGAAGGAAACUACUCGGGGUAUUGACAUUAAGAUUGCUAUCGAUGAAACUCUACAAAAAGCUGAAAUUCCACUAAACAAAAUUAUAAGCAUUUCAACUGAUGGAGCUCCUAGUAUGGUGGGUUGUAAAAAUGGAUUAAUAGGACUUUUAAAAAAUGAUACUAAUUUCCCAGAUUUUAUACCUAUUCAUUGUAUUCUACAUAGAGAACACCUUACUACUAAAUAUUUUAAAUAUGAUCAUGUGAUGGAUGUUGUUUUAAAAAUUGUAAAUUACAUACGUUCAAGUGCAAAAACACAUCGGCAGUUUAAAAACUUUCUAGAAGACAUAGAAGAUGAUAUUCCUAAUGAUGUACCAUGGUAUUGUCUAGUUAGAUGGUUAGAUUUGGCAUUUUUCACCGACAUCAUGCAACAUUUAUCAACAUUAAAUGUAUCUCUUCAAGGUCGAAAUAAAUUAGUUAAUGACCUAGGGCAAAAAGUAUUUAGUUUUCAAAAUAAACUAAAACUUUUCAUACGAGAUUUACAAUCAAACAAUUUUACUCACUUUUCAUGUUUAGAAAAUAUAGAAGCGUGCCUGAUAGAAUCAGAAAUAAAAAUUAAUUGUGACGACUAUGUACUUAAACUUGAAUUUCUAUUUACCGACUUCGAAGAACGAUUUCGUGACCUAAAGGCAUUAAAACCCUCAUUCGGAUUUUUAGAAAAUCCAUUUUUAGUUAAUGUCAUUGAAAAGGGAUGUCCAUUAUCACAUCCUAUCAUCACAAAUAAAGCGGAUCUCGAAAUAGAACUCUUGAAGUUAUUAGAAGAUGAAGAAUUACUAAGAACUGCUCUUACAUCAAUUCAACCAGAUCUUAAGAAGCUUACUAAAAAAGUAGACACGAAAAAAAUACCACGCAAACAAAAUUAG